CCCGUUAUAAAUCUUUUUGACUCGCACACACAUACAUACCCCGUGAAACUGGACAUCGGCGCGUGGCCUUCACUCUCCCUCCCACUUUCUUCUUCUUCCUCCUCUUUCUAAUUUCUAUUAUAAUCACAAACGCUUCCUUUAGCUCACACUCUCUCUCUCUCUCUCUCUCUCUCUUCCGCUACAUCAAUGGCGGAACAUUGGCCACUCAAAUCUCUCUCCCUAUUCUUCCUCUUGACUCUCCUCGCCUCCACCGCCGAACCUCGCCUAACGACCGACUUCUACUCCAAAUCAUGCCCUCGCUUCCACGACAUAGUCCGCGACACAAUCUCCAGCAAACAAAUCACCAACCCGACCACCGCCGCCGCCGUCAUCCGCCUCUUCUUCCACGACUGUUUCCCCAACGGCUGCGACGCGUCGAUCCUCAUCUCCUCCACCGCCUUCAACGCCGCCGAGCGCGACUCCUCCAUCAACCUCUCCCUCCCCGGCGACGGCUUCGACGCCGUCGUCAGAGCCAAAACCGCCCUUGAGCUCGCCUGCCCCAACACCGUCUCCUGCUCCGACAUCAUCUCCGCCGCGACUCGCGACCUCCUCGUGACCGUCGGCGGUCCUUACUACCCGGUCUUCCUCGGCCGCCGCGACUCGAGAAUAUCCAAAGCCUCUCUCCUCGCCGACCUCCUCCCUCUCCCGUCGUCUCCGAUCUCGAAGACCAUUCGCCAGUUUGAGUCCAGAGGCUUCUCCGUUCAGGAGAUGGUCGCUCUCAGUGGAGCGCACUCGAUCGGAUUCUCGCAUUGCAAAGAGUUUGUGGGCCUGGUGGGUCGGAACAGUACCGGGUAUAACCCGAGAUUCGCUGUCGCGUUGAAGAAAGCUUGUUCUAAUUACCCGAGAGACCCGACGUUGUCUGUCUUCAACGAUAUUAGUACUCCGAACAAGUUCGAUAAUAUGUAUUACCAGAAUAUCCCCAAGGGUCUUGGGCUACUUGAAUCGGAUCACGGGUUGUACUCCGACCCGAGAACCCGGCCUUUUGUUGAUCUUUACGCUAGGGAUCAAGAUCGGUUCUUUAAAGACUUUGCUAAAGCGAUGCAAAAGUUGAGUCUUUACGGUGUAAAGACUGGUCGACGGGGAGAGAUCCGGCGAAGGUGCGAUGCCAUUAACUGAGUUUUUUUUUUUUUUUUUGUUUUGGGGAUAAAAUGUGAGAUAUUUGAGAGUUUGAAUCGUCUGAGUAAGUUGUUAAAAAAAAAAUAAAAAAGAAUCUUCUAAGUAAUUGCUCAUAUGUUUCUUUUUUUUGUGAAAUGUAAAACACUGAUAAUUUAUAUGGAUUGAUCGUA